AUGCCGUGGCAGAAAGUGUCCCAGGGCCGUUAUGAGCGGGAUUUCGACACUCUCGAGCAGUUUUGGAUUGCCAAUGCUGCAGUUGGUGCCCACAUCAAUCGACAAUCCUAUUUGCUAUCCUGUACCGUUCGACUCAAUCCUUUUCCUACGGCAGUAGAGGUUCAAAAUUCCUGGAAGGCUUUACGCAAAGAACAUCCACAGAUUGCAGCAAUCGCCGAUGAACGUAACUCACGCCUCACAUAUAAUGUCCCAUCCCCAGCUGAGCUUGAGGCAUGGGUACAGAGGACCUUCAUUGUCGAGGAUGACGGGAGCUCUGCAAGUGGCUUAUAUGAGAAUUUACCUCCGACCUCGGCAUUGGAGCUUCAUUAUCUUCCUGGAACAAGCGAGUUGCUCUUCCGAACCCCCCACUGGCGCAUCGAUGGCCAUGGACUAUUACAUCUUCAAAACUCUCUUCUUCGCAUUAUAGCCGAAGGACCCCCACGCACAGUCUGUCUCGAUGGGUCGGAGGCAGCUCAUCUGGUGAUCUCCCAAGAUGAAGCAUGCUCGGCCCCAAGCAAAGUGACCCCGUCAAUUACCGCUGCAGCAGACGCUGAAUUAAGCACUAUAUUUGACGGCCAGCCUUCUCUCACUCUUCCAACACAGCCAAACAUUAUAGCAAAGGCACCCGGGCGACUCGUUUCAAAAAUUUCAACGGAAACUACUCAAUGCCUUCUAUCGGCCUGCAAGGCCCGAGGUAUAUCAGUCACUACUGCCGCGCACGCCGCACUCAUUGUCGCCAUGGUGCCCUACACGCAACACAAUUUUGACCCAGCAACGCGCGGCCAAGGGGGUGGCCAACUCACUGGAUUUAAUACUAUAAGUCUCCGAAAAUAUCUACCCCCACCUUGGAAUGGACCCGAUGCUGCCGUUAGCGUCUACCAUAUAGGUAUUCCGUAUACACUAGAUCUAGGAGAAACAAACACCUUCGAAUCUAUUGCCGCUGUCCUGGGCAGUUUAUACAAGCGCAAUUUCGGGGAAGAAGACCCCCGAAAUAUUUUCGCUUUUCUUUCUGAGUAUUUGCGCAAAAUUCUUACCUUAUUUCUGAUGCCAGCACCAGACCCUUUGAAAGAAGCAGCACAGGCAGAUAUCAGCUCUCUUGGUGUGCUGAAUGAUUACCUCUUAUGCAGACACGAGGGCAAGAACAUGACGAUUGAGGUCGAGGAUUGGUGGAUCUCCCAGGAAGUGAUUGAUCGAGUCUUACGGACUAAUAUAUGGACAUUGAAUGGCAGACUUGCAUUCUCGAUUAACUGGAAUAUGGCUUUUUAUGAAGAAAAUUUCGUUACCAGAUUCUUGCAUGAGUGGGAAUCAAUAUUUUUGAGGGAACUAGGAGUAAAGUCGUGA